UUCUGGCUGGGAGAGACCAGGGACCUCAAAACCAGGCCAGUGUGAGGCAGAGCCAGCCUAGUUCAGCUUAUGUGAUCACCCCCUGGCUUUGCAGGGAGCCAGUGGGAGCCAUGUGUGAAUGGGUGAUGGGUAGGUGAGGGCAGGGUGAUACCAGGGAUGAGACCUGAGCUUCUGGUGGACGAGUUACCAUCCACCAGUAGGGAGCCAGGCUCCCAGGAGGAGAAGAGAACCAAGAGUACCACUUGAGGUAUGCUGUUUGGGGUGCUUGUGAAAGAAAUAGUAGAAAGGAAGUUAAAGGAACCCUAAAAGCCCAGACCUCAGAAGAGCAGCAAGACUGAAGAGCAGGGAGGGUCCUAGGACCAAGACCAGGCUGUAAGUUUUCCAAGGGGAAUUACCAGGCUUGGGAUGCGCCUGGCAGUCUUGUGGGUAAAGUUUGUGGGCAAGGGCAAAUCUAGGGAGAAGAGAAAUUUGCCAAUAGUUCACGACUUCAGUGUGGUCUCAGGGCUUCUGACCUCAGGUCCUAGUCCCAAAAAGACUUGGGGUUUUAGUGAACAUUGCUCCCCCUUUCUAUCCUAAGGAAGGUCUUCCCAAUUUUGUCUUCAUGCUAUGCCACAAUUGGGCCCUACUGAUAAUGUGAAGCCCCUUAGGUACCAUAGUUGGAUGUGUAAAUCAGAGGCUCCGUAUCCCCCUUCAGAACCUGCCCUAUUCUUUCCUGCCCACUUGGCUGCCUGUUCCUAUAGGCACAGACCUUAAGGCCCUCUCCGGAGGCUCUGCCAGAUCACUGGUGGCAGUUUCUAGACUGAUGGUCUGCCAACAAUGUAUGGAUUUGGUCAUUAGGUAGGCUCUUGAGCUGUUGAGUUUGGCAAACAUUUAGCAGUGGGACCUGCCUCUGAGGCUCCCACCAUGCUACCUUGGGAGUCAUCUGAAACCCAGGUACCUAAAACUUCUCAGCCCUAAAAGUCCCCUGGCGCUCUCAGCCUGGUGCUUCCAGUGUCGUGUUCCCUGGGCUUACAGAGCCAGAAUAUACUUGUCCAAAGCUAGAUCAGCAUGGAGCUCAGUCUAUCGUAGGGCUGGGUGCUCCCAGGUCUGGCCUACAUGCCAUACCUCUGGUUAUCUGUGUGAUCCUAGGUGGUCCCAUGUACCCAUCGUCCACCUGGGGACCGUGAACUAUGCACUUUUAGUAACUCCACAGACCUUGAGUUGCUCCCUUCCACUUCCAUGAUUGCUCAGGUGGGCAGGGAGGUGUGCAAGACCACCAGGCAGAGAUUCUGCUUUGCCUACAGGCCUGAUCAUGGUGGGAAACAGUGGCUACCCCCAACUCUUGCUUGUUUGGGUAGUUUUAGGACUCGAGUGAGGCGUUGCCAGCUCGGAGCAUCAUGUUGGAAACACUGUGUUCUCUAGUUCCCAACCUGUUUUCCUCCCUCUCAAGGAGCACGGGCUUUUCUAUGCUGGGUGGGAGAGUACUCGGGCUAGCCAUGGAAACACCCAGAAGCAGGAAUUAGUAGGCCUUUGGAAGAGGUGUUAUCUCCAAGCCGAGUACCACCACGGCCCUGUUUAUGAGGUACCCCCUCUACCAGCUGGGCGGCCCUCAGCUCCGUGUGUUUCGAACUAACUUCUUCAUUCAGUUGGUGCGGCCUGGUACCGCACAGCCUGAAGAUACAGUGCAAUUCCGGAUCCCCAUGGAGAUGACCAGGGUGGACCUUCGAAAUUACCUUGAGCAGAUUUACAACGUUCCUGUGGCUGCUGUGCGCACACGGGUACAGCAUGGCUCCAACAGGAGGAGGGACCAUAAGAAUGUGAGGAUCAAGAAACCGGACUACAAAGUGGCCUACGUGCAGCUGGCCCACGGGCAGACCUUCACUUUCCCAGAUCUUUUCCCAGAAAAGGAACCCACUUCUCCAGACCCUCUGGAAGAGGAGCUACCCCAGCAGAGGCAAAGCAGCGACCCACGGUGCCCUGGUAUCCCUUCCUGGUUUGGCCUAUGACCUCUGACAGCAGGUUCUGGGCCACAGACCCUAGUGAGCACAGUGGUUCUGACAAGCCCAAAUAAAAAUUCUUUGUGGAGAAAGAAA